AUGGGUGACCCUGUCAGGGAGGCGGAUCGUCGUUGGCAUGAUCAGCACAUCGUGUCAAACGAUGCAAUCUUUUGGACGCAGCCCCUCAUCCCCGAAAAUUUCCGGCAUCUCAAACGUGGGAAUCUCAGCUUCCUCAACCAUACUGUACGCUUGGAGCGUCGAUUAAGGUCCGAAACCGGAUACUUCGUCGCGUAUCAAAUGGUCGAGGCUCGAGAGAUAGCGCGGGUGCACUACGCAAACCGUUACCAGCCUAUCCCAUUGUGGUGGGGUCGUUAUGAAGUAUGCCAGGGCUUUUGGUCCGAGUUUGGUCCCGUCUUCACCUAUUUUGGCAGUUACUUACAGAACCGGCGCCAUGGUUUGUGGGUCGUCUUCCUCACAGAGUGGUGCGUUAAGGUAGCUGCCACUCUGAUCUGGGAAGCGUAUGACUGCUGGAGACUGUGGUUCUUGCCCCCGAAGCUUGUCGAUCUCAUGCGCUCACUAGAUUACACCGUCCCACUGGGCGGAGCCGACGUGGACUUGGAGCUGCAUACAUUGCUGGACCGAAUAGACACCGUGGAUUGGGAUAGCAUUUCUUGUCGAGAUUCAUCCCGCUCCUUCUCCCAUCGACGUGCGUCAUUCUCUCCGGGGCGAUCGCAUCAGGCUGCAGGGGAUUAUGCCUGGUUCAAUCCGUGGUCUGGGUCAUUAUGCUCGGCGGCCGAAGCUCAACUGAGUCGGCGGUUUGGAAAUCAGAUUCCCCUUCCGAGCGAUGACCUGCUCACGACAACGGAUCCACGAGCGCCCCGCUCUGUGCUCCCGUCCAUCAUCUCCUUUGCUUCCUGUGGAUCACGACCGCCCUCCUGAGAAGUCAUCGACUCCCCCGUCCAUCAUUACCAAACCAAAGGCUCAAGCAGCCCCGCCGAUCCAGCUGAGGUCCGCGCCCCUUUCUCCCUCGCCACUCACUCCCGGUAGCCUCCCUGUCGCCUCAGUCGUUGAAGUCGUGCACUCGGCUUCUACGGCUACGGAAAGCUUGUCCGUUCGUGAGGUGCCCCAACGUGAAGGGAGGCUCACUUUCCCCGUCCCCUCUCUGGUGCAUCAAUUCAAACCAUCGCGGCGUGACGCAACGUUCCCUUCUCCCAAAAAUGUUAGGCGAGGGUGCCCUGUGUCUGCGGCUUACGUGGCCCUUCUUAGGGCUCAUGGCGUGUCCCCCGAAUCCAUCAAAGGAGCUUCUCUGGACGACCUUAGGGUCCUCGCUCGACUCCUCACAUCCCUUCCGGAAGGGACGUCUCUUCACAAGGCGACCCCGUGACGCCUCCGUGCGUCCUCAUCCGUCAUGCUACACUCUUCACCUGCCGGUAGCAUCCCCUUAAUUUGCCGGCGUGUCGUCUGACUAGCAGCGACACCCUGGGGUCCCCCAUGUAAAACGUUGUCCUGUACGUUCCUCGGUG